AUGGGUAAAAACUCACACAACUACGGUGAUAUCGAGAAUCUGCUCGAUACUUACUUUAUGGUCUGCUUGUCCGUUGUGGUCUGCUGUAAAGCAGUAUGGAAGACUUCCAGUAGUCCGGAAUGGGUAAAAACUCACACAACUACGGUUGGCAUUAAGCAUCUACUUGAUGUCUACUUUAUGGUAAAAAACUCACCCAACUACGGCGGGCAAAAAUAUGAUCGUGAGUCUGAAGACGGUGCUGACGAAGAACGAGACACGGACCAAACUAUUAUCGGAGGGAGAAACGAUUCUAUG